UGUCGCGGGGCCGGAUGCGGACGGGCGGCCGCCGAGAGGGGCUCGGGGCCGCCCUGGGGCCCUGCGAGCGGGACGCAGCGGGCCGGGCCGUGGGGGGCGACGGCGGAAGGGGCCCGGUGGCCGCGUUGACAGGGGUCUGAGGGUGCGUUUGGCCUGGGCCGUGCGGUCACCCGGGACCCCGACCCCGGAAACGGGCGCUCCGAGCUCCGCGGGCCCCACGCGAAGGGCUGCAGCACCUCCACGUCCUUCCCGCCCCCGGUAUGGACCGGUGCCCAUUGUCAGCAAGUUAUGCGUCCCCCGCCUCUUUCAGGUGAGAAAACCAUGAGUCCAGUGAGGUUACGUGACCAGCCCAAGUUCGUACAAGUUUAGUGAAAGGGAAACCAAAGAUUUUUACCAGAUUCUCAUACUGAUGAGAGAACCAUUCUGGUAACCAGACUGCAGCUCCAAGGUGUCAGUAGUAAUUCCAGUAGUGUCCCUUCACCGAAACGGACAUGCAUCCCCUCAUCCUGUGUGGUGCAGGCCUCCACAGCCAGAAUGGAAACAGACUGUAAUCCCAUGGAGCUAAGUAGCAUGUCAGGAUUUGAAGAAGAUGCGCAGCUUAAUGGUUUUGAAGAAGCUGAUAUGAAAGAUAUGAAGCUAGAAGCUGAAGCAGUUGUCAACGAUGUUCUCUUUGCUGUUAACAACAUGUUUGUCUCAAAAAACUUGCGCUGUGCAGAUGAUGUGGCCUAUAUCAAUGUGGAAACAAGAGAGAGGAACAGAUACUGCCUGGAGCUGACUGAAGCAGGGCUCAGGGUGGUAGGUUAUGCUUUUGACCAAGUGGACGAUCACUUACACACCCCCUAUCAUGAAACAGUCUACUCUUUGCUGGAUACCCUCAGCCCUGCCUACCGGGAAGCAUUUGGAAACGCACUCCUUCAAAGACUGGAAGCUUUGAAAAGGGAUGGACAGUCAUGACUAAGCUUUUUCCUUGUAGAGGGGGCUGCUGCUGGUACAAAAUGGUGACAUAAAGCUUGAAAUUCUUACAUACUGUCAUAGUGGAAAAUGUAUCUUUGGUUUUAGGUCUAUCAUUUCUUGCUUCAAAUUUAGGCUUUUGACUCAUAUUAUUAUUGACUAAUGGAUUCUCUUUCUUAGUUUUGGAUUCAUUAAGGGAAUCCUGAGGCCAUUGCUGUGACACCAUCAUUAAGACCUUCAGAUUUCUUCAUAUAGUAUCUCUGCGUUUCAAAACCUAAUCAGUAUUUCAUUCUGUUGUUUCAGGAUUUCAAUGCUGCCAGCACUGUCUUUUACAUAGGAAAUUCUAGGUUUGCACAGUAAUAGACAGGAAUUAAAAUGACCUAACUUCAGGCUUUGAUUCAGCUUGCUGAAUCAGGGGUCUGCUACUAGCUUGGACUGACUUUGUAGUAAUCAUUUUGCUACUAGCCUUAUCGGAAACAAAUUAUCAACUAGUUUCCCCCGCACAAAUUUUGGAAUUCACUGCUUCACCUAAUCUAUUUAUAUUACUAAUAUGGACUGAUAAAGAUGAAUUAAUUAUAUAUAUUACUUCGCUAGUAUUAAAUGGAAAACAGGUACUGAAAUGAUAGUUCUGUAUUCCUUGUUUGCAACAGCCAGCCAACUAAGAGGACAAACCGUUAGCAAAUGAAUGUAGUAAUCACUUGUUUCCAAGAUAUUGAAGCACAUAAGCAAAUAUAGGAACAGGCUCCAUUUUUCUUAACAAAAAAACAUCUUCAGUGUGUGUGUGAUUGAAAAGGAUGAAGAUUCUGAUGUCCUAGAAGACAAUAUUUUGGCCUGUGUUGAUUCUUAUUAUGAAUGUUUGUUUACAUAAUGUACAGUGUAUAUUCAGAAAGUAUUUUUGCUUCUACGUUUGCUUUCUCUAAUGCAGUGCUCUGGUAUUCCCGCAGCUCCCCCCACCCCCCGCCCUUUCCCAACAGAUGCACAGUGUGCCGUCUCCAUGCUAAAUCUGAAUGUAAUGUGAGUGCAUCGUGUGGGUUUGAAACCAAAGGAUGAGUGGAACAUUCAGAAGCUUAAUAUUUAAAAGAGGGAGACUCGGUUUUUAUAUUUAAUUACAGGUACUAAUAUUUAUAAAAAAUAAACUGUGCCAUGCUGCUACGUGGUUUCAAGUACACGUGGGAUACGAAGGAUCGGGGAGUCGACUUUUUAGUAGCAAUCGAAAGCAGCAGCUGUGGGAAUGUUGAACUACAUCCUGCAUCUGGACGCACCUUCGUAAUUUGUCAUCUGCGGACCUUUUUGAAUCACGAUUAGGCAAUAGGUACUCUUAGGCUCUGAAGGUCAUGUAGACCAGAUUGAAGUUUGGUUUGUAUCAGUAUUCAUUGUCAAAGGUCACCGCAAGGCUCUAACUAUGUUUGCUAAAUGCGUGUUCAUUCACAACUUUAUUUUCAGAUGCUAACUGUUUGGGCAGUGAAGUCCAACUGCAGGUCGGAUUUUCUCACGCUUACUCUCAGGCUAAAUAAAUGUAAAGGAGAUUUGUAAAGUUUGAAUAAAAUUCUGUUGACUCAUUCUGAGCUAAGUAUGAACAAAAGUGAUUGUAUGUUCGAAAAUUGACAUUGUCCGUGUUGUGAUAAGUGGCUGGUUCCAGGAGCUUUUGUGUCCAUUUUUGAAUUCCAUAUUGUUACAUUUUGUUGUCAAGUGAUUUGCUCUUUUUAUUAUUAUGAAAGAGGAACACAGAGAGAAGACAUGAAUAAAGCUAUACAGACACUAAAACUAUUUCAUCUAGGUUGUUUAAAGAAUUUAGUAAGACAAAGUAACAAGUAAAAGAUAAAGGAAGCCUUGAUUUUACUCCCCCAAAAAGGGGGAGGAAAAAAAGAAAAACCUCUAAAUAAGUAACUCUUACAAGUCAACAAGAAAAAAAGGGAACAGUGGGCAUAUAAUAUGAUCAGACAACUCCGGAAAAUAUAUAGAUGUUCAGGAACCACUUGAGAGAUAUUCAACCUGACCAGUAAUUCAAGAAAGGAAAAUAGGGUUAGCUGUGUAUUUCACCUAAUAAUUUAAUAACUUCUCUUAUUUAAAUAUAAUCAUCUCAAUAAGGAUUUAGUGAGGGGCACUCUUACAUUCUAUCAGAGGGUAUAUUGAAACCUUUCUGGAAAACACUGGUAAUAGAGCCUUUAUAAAAAGCUUUUAACUUAUGGACUGGUAGUAUCUUAGCUAUCUAGCAUAGGGAAAUGAUUCAGCAGAAGAUACACUACAAGGAUAUUCAUUUUCUCUGGCGAAACAUUGGAAAGGCUCUAAAACGUGGUUGUUCUGCUACGUCCUCCUGAUGGAAAAAUGUGCGGCCGUUAAAAAUCAUGAAGAAAGGGGCGCCUGGGUGGCUAGUCAGUGGAGCAUCCCACUUCGGCUCAGGUCAUGAUCUCACCGUCUGUGAGUUCGAGCCACACAUCAGGCUCUCUGCUGUCAGCACAGAGCCCCCUUCAGUUCCUCUGUCCACCCCUCCCCACCUCAACCCCCUCCCCCUGCUCAUGCGCUCUCAAAAAUGAACUUCAAAAAAUAAUGAAAAAAAAUGGCAACGGGAAAAAAUUAUACCACGUGCAAAAAAGAUAUCUAAAACUGUGAUCUGUUUUCGAACAACGGGAAGAAUAAAAUGUUCUGCAGUGUUAACACGAGCUAUCAGUAGGUGAUAAGAUCGGUGAUUUUCGUCGUCUUCAUACUUUUUCACAGUUUCUUCAUUAGCUUCUAGGCGAUAAUUCGGCGAGACCUGGAUGGUGGUUCAGCGGCCGAAGAACCUUUUCCUCGCGAAAGCACCAAGCUGCAUUGCAUCGUGCUCACUCCCAGGACCCUUGAAGAGGCAGCUUGACUGCGAAGCCAGGACUGCCCGCCCACCCCCUUGCCCAGGACGACAGCCUUCCUCCCACCUUUCCUCCAGGUCAGCAGCGAAUCGGCCGCUAGUGGUGUCCUUAGCCGCCUCCAUCACACCGCGCUCUUCCCUGUCUGGUGUUCAAACACCCAGGAUGUGCUGUUUGUCACGGGGAACAGGGUGAAACACAGAUCCUGACGUGUGCCACGCGGACCUCCGAACUCUGCCCUCGGCCCCUUUGUUUUGGGGAUGGCUUGGCCGAGACGUGGACAGAGGGAAGGCCUUGCUCAGCAGUCCACCCGUGGGCACGCGUGGGGUCAGAACCCCGUCUUCCGUCUCCACCAACUGUCCCCAUCCAGUGACACAAGCGUCACCUGAACUCCAUGGCUGCAGGCUUACUUCAUUUUAUUGCGCUUCACAGAUAAUACAGGGGAGGAGGGAGGCGGGGCGGACAGUUCCCACAAAUUAAAGGUAUAUUUGUGUGGUCA